CUCCUCCUCUUCCCUCGGGUGUAGCCGCGUCUCAUCGAUGUGGUGACGGUGUUUGUACCUGAGGACCGAGCUCUACCUGUGGAUCCACUCUCAGCAGCAGCGCCAUGGGGGUCUCCGCGUCCAGUCUGCUGGAUGACAACAAGUCCAACUACAUCAAAGGCCAGGCCGAGGCUGAGCUGACGGCGUUCAGUCCGUACUACAUGAAGCAGUUCUCUGUGGCGAGGUUCUCCCAGGUAGAAGAUGAUCUGGAGCAGCAGAAGGACAACAUCACGCAGCUUCUCAAACAGAGGGAGGCUCCUCAGGAUGGUGAGGUUCUGUACGAGGAGGCCGUCCUUUACUUUGACGACACCAGGAAGUGGAAAGAGCGCUACGUGGUGGUGAGGGCCAACUACUGCCUGGAGUGUCACGAGGGUCUCGAUUGUUUUGUCAAAGGAGUUCCUCCACACCACAAACUUCUGCCCACAGGGGGCAGCGUUCUGACCACAGAGGAGAAGUACAUGGCCAUGGUGGACAAGUGUUUCCCUGAUGACACCAACGUGAAGGAAGACUUUGCUCCGCCCCUGUCUGGGAUGCCGGGCCAGUUUCCCGUCUACUUGCGUCUGCCCUACAGGAGAGACUCCUACUUCUGUUUCAAACAGCAGGCCAAACAGGAGGCCUUCCUCUCCAUCCUGUCCGACUGCAUCAGACACCAGAACCAAGACUUCUUGAAGAAGAAGACGUGUGAAGUCCAAGCUUUCGUCAAAGCCGUCCAGCUCUACAGACAGGACAAGGGCAAAUACGAGGUCUGGGACAUGCUGAUAGGAAGUGAUGUCAGAGUGAUGGCCAACAUGGUGAUGGAGCAGCUGCUUCCCACGCUGGAGAAAGACAUGCUGCCUCGUCUCAAGGCUAAGAAGACGGAGAGGAAGAGAGUUUGGUUUGCUACGGUGGAGGCGGCGUACAUCCUGGUUCAGGAGCAUCUGCUGGAGGGACUGUCGGCGCUGAAGGAAGACUGUCGCAUGUCAGUCCGGAACCAAGAGGUGUUGAUCCACUCCGAAAUGGACCAGAUCCUCAACUGCAGAAAGGAGCUGGAGGAAAAAGUGCAAGCUAAAGUAUCCGAGUCGGCUCUGAAGCUGUGCUCAGAGUCAGUGCAGCCGUACCUGGCCUCUGUUCUGGAGGAGCUGAUGGAGCCGGUCAGCUCUGGUUUCCAGGAGGGACAACAUCUGAGUGAGAGCAUGAUGGACAAGUGUCAGGACGUCCUGGCGGGAGGAGACAAAGAGCAGCUGAAGAAGGCUCUCACGGACAUGACGAGACCCAACCUGCUGAGCUGCUACCAGAAGAUCGGCUCGCUGCAGGAGAAGCUGCACCACCUGCGCGACAGAUUCGGUUUCUCCAACAUCACAGGAGUCAUCCACAGCGCUCAGCUGGACCUGCAGAUGCUGAUGCAGAAUGCAGCGUACACGUUUGAGCAGCUGCAGCACAAGGCCCUGCAGGACAAUCCAGACAACCCCAGCUCUGCCCUGGAAAAGGCCAAACACCGAGUGCUCAAGCAAUACGACUAUGACAGCAGCACGGUGAGGAAGAGGAUCUUCCAGGACGCUCUUGUUUCUAUCACACUGCCUUUCAUCAAGAAGAGACUGGCUCCCACCUGCAAAACUGAGCUUCAGGGUCUGGAACAGUUCAUCUACGCCGACUACUCCAACUUCAUCCACGUUGACAACGUUUUUGAGAGCAUCCUCCUCCGAACUCUGGACAAGGAGGUCACUAAAGUGGUGAAGGAAGCAGCGAGCUUGCAGAAAUACAACUUGUUCACAGACAGCAGGGACGUGGUCAGUCAGUCCAGCCGCUCCAGUCUCUCCUCACCGUCUGCCUCUAUCCCAGGAAGCCCCGCCAUGGCACUUUCCUCUCCCUCUAAAACCUCCGUGGAGCCCCAGCCCACUUCUCCGCUUGUGGCCAAUGAUCUAUCCUCCUCCCCACGGGAGGAGGAGCAGAAGGAGAAGGAGAGCAGUGGUCUUAAACCUGUGGAGGUCAGCACCUCCGUAGACACCAGUGUGAUUGAGACGCUUGUGAGUGAAGUUGAACAAAAAGAGUGCGCGCAGACCGUUGCUGUCGGUCAGGAGACGGCCGCACCUGAAGCAGAGGGCGUCUUCCACACUGUGAAGGUGGAAGCGGAUGCUGAGUCGGCAGCUUUAGCAAAUACGGCCUCUUCAAAUGAGACGCCAGACGUCAGUGUGACGGCAGAGACUGUGAUCCAAGAGGCGGCCGUUUCUGUUGAGACGCUGCCUGACGAUCCUGUGACACAGAGCACAGAUGUUGUAGAAGAAGUGACACAUCUCCUCACAGACGUAGACAUUUUAGAGACGGAGGCAAAAACAGAGGCUCCUGCACUGAGUCCUGGUCCUGCCGUUGAGACAGAGCCCACAUCAGCUGUGGGAGCUGGUUCAGAAGACAGCAGUGAAGGAGACUCAGGAAUCAAGGUAGAGGCACCCUCUGGUGGUGAAGCACCAGUACUCACACCUGGAGAUGUGGCCCUGGAUGAAGCCUCAGACCCAAAUUCUCUGAGCGUGUCCAUGGGCAGUGAAUCCCCACCCUCGGACAUCGAGUCGACGGAGAACAUCAGAACCACGCAAAGCAGCGAGGAUGAAGUCUCCACGACAUCCGAUGUCCUGCAGGACGACGCCGACAUCAGCAAAUCGCCCGUGAGUUCGGACGAAACACCCGAAGACACAAAUCCGAGCGACGGGCUGCCCUCUCAGACCCAGGCGGAGGCUGCCAGUGACGUCCACGUGCAGGACGACAUGGAAGCAGCAGUGAGUGCAGGUGUAGAGGCAGCAGAUGUGACAGCCACCGUGUCCCCUGAGGCUGCCACAGAGGAGGCCGCGUCCAGCCCUGGAGCCCAGCCACCAGACUCCAUCAAGGACAUCCGUGACCUGGUGGUGGAGGUGAUUGAGGUGGAGGAGCUGGUGCAGCGAUACCCCAGCGGCAUUCCAAUGGAAGAAUAAAGCAUUAUGACCAAUCACAGCUGUGUUUGAGUGUAUGUGGAUCAUUGGUCUUUCAGCAGGAUGUUCUAGCAUUUUGUGGCGAAAGAGAACCAAGAACAUGAUGGUCGCAGAAUCUCCCAUCUGCGUUAAAUCUAGACGCCUUUUCCUCAUAAAUGCUUCCACCACACAUAUGCAUGGAAUUACGUCAAAUUAUUUAUACAAAAUCAUUAUCAUUAAAUCAUCACAAAAGCUGUCAAGAACAGUUUCUUCUUACAGGUAAAUUACUUUUGACUACCAAACUGUUGUAAAUGUUGAACUAGUUUAUGACAGAAGAUUGUCAGUGAAUUCCUGUGACGUUAAUUGUACUUUGGUAGAAUACAAAUCUAUUUUAAAGGAAUAGUUAGGUGCUUUGGAACGUGUGAGGAUUGAUGUUCUCUUUGAUCUUAUGUUUGUGUGUGAGCUGGAGUUAAAAUACAGUUACAGAGUUAAAAGACAUGGAUGCUAGCUAUGAGAAACAGCUUUAACAACAGAAAUCUAUACCUGCUUAAUUAUGAUAUGUUAAGUAUGUUGUGUUCAGACUUUUCUGACCGGAAACUGAAGUUUGUGUCACUUUUUUUAAUCGUUGGCUCUCCCUCACCAAAGUCCAUAGAGAAAAUCAGCAAUUUUACAGGAUAUCACGUCACACCGGCGUUGUUGUGAAAAUGUGUUUUUUGUCGCAUUGGUGUUUGAAAUCCUUUGAUUGAACUGACUUAAGUGACACGGACUUGCCAAACAAGGGCUACUGCCACCUUCUCUUCUCCUGCAGUAGACCAGCACCUCCUGUGUCCCCCGUGAGCUAGAAACACUGAUUUUGUCCAUGGACAUUGGUGCAAGAGAUUGAGCAGUUUACAAGCCUCAGUUCCUGCUUGGAAAGCCUUACGUUGAGAUACAGAAGCAAAUAUACGCUUAGAUUAAACCUAGUGGAAGUAUUUUGUUCAGUGACUAACAUCUAAACUGUCUGAACUAUCCCUUUUAAAAUGAUGUUUGUUGUGUUCUUGAGUAGCGUAUGGAAGUGCCUUUUCAGUCCUCGUCUGUGCCUUAGAUGUCAUGAAGGAACCCGGCCACUGUCGUGUGGCUGACCGCUGCGGCGCUGCUCUUCGAGUGUCUUCCACCUUUACACAGGCUCAGCAGCAUAUUAGAGCCGCAACUAACGAUUAUUGUCAUAAUCGAUUAAUCUGUCGAUUAUUUUCUCGAUUAAUCGAUUAAAAAACCUGGAAAUGAUGAUGUUCUUAAAUGUCUCGUUUCGUCCACAAACCAAAAUGAUUGACUUUUAAUGAUUUCGGCAAGAAAUUAAGAAAAUAUUCACAUUUAAGAAGCUUAAACAAUCAGAAAUCUUGUUUUAAUCAUGAAAAAAGCUUCAAACCGAUUAUUCGAUUAUCAAAAUAGUUCUCGAUUAAUUUAGUAAUCGAUUAAUAAUCGAUUCAUCGCUUCAGCUCAGCAGCAUAUGACCACAAACUGUCCACCAGACCAACGUUAGUUAAUGGAAACACUAUGGAGAUAAUAUUAAUAAAAUAUACAUCUAGAAACAA